AUGGAGCGUAGCUUCGCGCGCAUGGACAAUGAGGUUGUUAGUUGGGGCGAAACCGUGAUGAGCGCUAACUGCAGUUGCGAGCUUCAAACGCCAGAUUGCGACGCUGUCGGAUCCACCGCCGUUGUCUCCGUCGUUACUCCGGAGAAGAUCGUUGUAGCUAACUGCGGCGAUUCCAGAGCAGUUCUCUGUAGGAAUGGAAAACCAGUUCCUCUAUCCACAGAUCACAAGCCGGAUCAUCCUGACGAGUUGGAUCGGAUCCAGGAAGCAGGGGGGAGAGUGAUAUACUGGGAUGGUCCAAGAGUCUUAGGCGUGUUAGCCAUGUCACGAGCCAUAGGUGAUAAUUACUUGAAACCAUACGUGAGUUCGGAGCCGGAAGUUACUGUGACGGACCGGACCGAAGAAGAUGAGUUUCUUAUUCUAGCGAGCGACGGAUUAUGGGACGUGGUGACGAACGAGGCGGCGUGCGCGAUGGUGCACAUGUAUCUUAACAAAAGAGGUGGUGGCCGUGGAAGGCGACGAGAAACUCAGGACGAGUGUAGUGACGGGAAAGAGGAUGAGAAGGUGGUGGUGGGGUCGAGCAAGAGCGGGAAGAAAGGAGAGAUCGCGGACAAAGCAUGCACGGAGGCGUCAGUGUUGUUGACGAAGCUGGCGUUGGCUAAGCAUAGUAGCGACAACGUAAGCGUCGUGGUCGUUGAUCUCAGAAGAAGAAGAAAAAGACACGUUGCUUGAGCUGACACUAAUCUAUCUCAUUACUCCACCGUCUUUUUUUUUUAAAUAUGAUUCUUUU